CGGCCGGAGGGGAUGUCGAGAUAAAAAGUUAGAGGAGCCGGAGGAGGGAGAGUUCCGGGCCGAUCAGGAGGGCGGAGGGGACCGAGGAGAGAGACGUGCGCCAAACCGACAGAGAGCAUGACCGACGCCGAGGCGCAGAGCGAUCCACCAUCGGCACCGGUGGAAGAAGACAAACCACAGCCGGAGAGGAAAGUCAUAGCCACCCUGGUCCAAGGCACGGUGAAGUGGUUCAAUGUACGUAAUGGCUACGGCUUCAUAAACAGGAACGAUACCAAAGAAGAUGUAUUUGUUCAUCAGACGGCGAUCAAGAAGAACAAUCCUAGAAAGUUCCUCCGCAGCGUGGGAGACGGGGAGGUCGUAGAGUUCGACGUGAUUGAAGCUGCCAAGGGCUCAGAAGCGUCCAAUGUGACCGGCCCAGGUGGUGUUCCAGUCAAAGGGAGUCGCUACGCACCCAACAAACGCCGUUUCCGUCGACGGUUCUUCCCCCGCAGCCCUCGGCCUGGGGACCAGAGCAAACCAGCUGACGGCCAAGCCCCUGCUGCCAAGGGCGAGGGGUCAGGAGAGAGCGAUGGAGUGAGACCACAGCCGCGCCGUCGUAGGCCCUACAGACCACGGCAAGAGGCACAAGAUGGUGAGUCUGGAGACCAAAACAACGGCGUAACAGAAGGUGACCAAAUGCAGCAACCACAACGACGUUCUAGAUUCUGGCGUCCGUACCGCAGACCGUUCCGGCCUCGCUCACAUCCUGAUCAGGCUGCAGACGGGCAGCAGACAGCAGCUGAAGAGCAUAGCCAGGAGCAGGGUGAGCUGAAGCAAACAGAAGCCUCUGAGGGCCCGCAGACAAACGGAGAAGCAGAUGAGGGCCAAGGCCAGAAACAGCGGCGCCAAACUAGACGCCGCCGGCAAAGGAACUCCGAGUCGUCUGUCUCUAAAAAUGAUACAGAGAAGUCUGCGUCAGAGCCCGGUACCCCGCCUCAGAACUCAAAACCAGCUGACCUAAAAUCUUCUUCGAAAUCACCAAAGUCCUCCCCGAAGAGCUCUCCCAAACCCCCCAAAUCACCUGAGCAGGCAGCUGACGCAACAGUCCCAGCACCAACAGAGUGACGUCAAUGAGAGGACAGUCACGUGACCUUUGGCAAGAGGUGGGAUCCCACGUUAAUGUGGUGCAGGGUGGGAGCCAUGGGGAGGGUAUAAGGGAGACAGUUCUUGUGCAACACGUCCCACAUUGGAUGUCUAUUACAGAAGGCAGGAUGAUGGACAUUAGUGGGCGGAGUCAAAAGAGAUUUAAAGUGGCUCUGUGGCACUAAAAGGUUUGGAAGUCAUUUUAUGUUGAGUCUCUAAAGACGCGACGUGUUGGACUCAGUCUUUGUUUAACGCAGGGGACAUUUUUACUCAAACUCAGGAUUUCAGAUGUAAUAUAAUCCUCGUUUUAGGGUUUGAUGUGUCUUUUGUGUUUUUAUGUCUUUGUUUCUAUACUGUCUUUCUUUCACUCCCUGUGUCUCUGUAUGCGUUUUAUUUCCUUUUGUUGUGUGUUUCUUGUAGGUCCUUGAGGUGAAGGACUGGACCUUUUUCAGAACAUGUGCACUGCUCUCCCCUCCCUGCACUCCCCCAUCCUCCAACCCACCUUAUCCCACUGUUGUCCCCUCAGAUCCCUUCUCCCCUCCUUUCGUCUUGUGUUGUCCAGUCUAGACGCUCUGUUUGGAGAGGGACAGGGUAGGGAACAAAUGGGAUCCAGGUGGUUGGUGGGUGCAUAUUUAGAAAUUAAAAAGUACAUCUUUAAAAAAAAGAAAUGGAAAAGAUCUGCUUGGUAGCCCAGUUAUUCCGCCCCCCCUUACUCUAUU